GGGUUGACCUCCAUCAUGGAGGUGUCCACCCCGGGGGUGACGUUGUCCCCUCCCGCAGCCAUCGAGCAGAGCAUCGAGCAGGAGGAAGGUCUGAACCGCUCCUCGGCCGACUUACGCAUCCGGAAAACGCAGCACUCCACGCUGUCCCGCAAGUUCGUGGAGGUGAUGACCGAGUACAACGCCACCCAGUCCAAGUACCGCGACCGCUGCAAGGACCGCAUCCAGAGGCAGCUGGAGAUCACCGGCCGGACCACCACCAACGAGGAGCUGGAGGACAUGCUGGAGAGCGGGAAGUUGGCCAUCUUCACCGAUGACGUAGGUUGA